AUGCGGAUACAAGUGAGAUGAAUCGUCUUGUGGUGUAUACGCUGCGCUGCGAAGGAUUCCGGAUCCGCUCCUGUUUUUUUUCUCAUGUGAAUUUGCGAGAGGGAGAGAGUCUCUGCGGUGUCAGUCCCACCCUGGCUGGGGGUCCUUGUGCGGCUUCAAAAGGAAUUCCCACCCGCUAGUUUCCCAUUCCCGAAUCGUAUCUUCCAACACUAGUCCCAUCGGGCCACUCGUUCAAGCUGCUAGUGUAGGCGCUUGCGCGACGCAUGUGGUGAACACACAACCAUCGCCCAUCGAUCGCCAUUGCCAACCCCCACCCUCGCCUGAUUUCUUGGUUGAGUUGUCAGUUCCGUGAAAAUAUCUGUAACUUCGUUCGGCUCUGUCGUUGCCUUCUGAUCGCAGCUGCUGAACUGUUUCUGUGACUGGAUUGUCGGCUGUUGUAGCAGUUUCCUAAGUGUGCGUUUAAAUGAUUCAGAUUCUCGCUGAAUUUAGAGCUGGGUAGUGAGAGAGCCACGAGGGUAGAGCGUCAGUGUUUAUUUGUUGUAAUUCUGUUCUGUGCAACUUUGGUUGCACCGUUUUGUUGGUCGGCUCAUCGCCUUGCGUUCCGUGAUUUUCCAUUUUGUUUUGUAAGCGUGGUAGGGUUGUGUUUUACUUGAUCAUAAUCGAUGGCCUGGGAGCAGUUGAAAUGGAAAUGAGCGCAUUCAGUAUGAACCAACUUAUCUUCCACGCGACUUGAGAGAGUAGAGUACUUCCGAUACUCUUCAAACGUUCAUCGUAGUUUCCGAAAGUGUAUUUCGCUUCUUGGGACCUUCGCAUUGCCUCGAGGGUUGAUGUAGAUUUGCUGCCUUGUGUUGCCUCCCUUCAAUGCUCUCCAAAGGCUGAAAUGAAGCAGUGGAUUGGAGCAACUUGUGUCUGUGUAUUGCCUGGACUACAUGAGUUCGUAGCCUCCGACACAGCUCUCCCAACUAACAUACGCACGCUUCCCACCGGGACUUCCGUUUUGGAAUUACAGGCUCUCUGAAGUAGCUGCAUUUUACAGGAUGAACAAGUUGCAGCAGGAUUUGAGAAGUCGGGGAAGAGGCAGUUGCAGUUGAUUUCGUCGAGGAUAGACGACGUACAAUUUGAGAUGCAACCGAAGCUGGAUCGAUAAACGGAGAGAUUGACUUGGAAGUGAUAAAUUUUGUCAAUCGACAUGCCGGUCGCGCAGCCUCUGCAUAUGUCGCACCACAAGUCGCUGAUGCGCGGAGUGCCAAACCAUUACAGAACAAUGGCGCUGAAGAACAGCUUGCACCGUGGGCAGAGCGACAAUUAUCACAGGUUGCGGCCCGAAGCUGUGAAAUCCAAUCUUCUGAGAGGCGCAAGUGCCGAUUUGUCCGAGUUCAUUUGGCCCAAGGACCAGUGGCCUUCUUUAGCCCACAACGACUUCCAGUUGGCGCAGGAGCUCCCUACCGUGGACCUCUCAGGCUUGCUCUUUGGCUCAGAGGAGGAGAGAGAUAAGACGGCGGACUUGCUUGUGAAGAUGUUCUCCGAAUGGGGAUUUGUGCAGGUAAUCAACCAUGGAGUGCCGACGGAGGUUACUCAAAAAAUGAUGAUCCAAGCUCGGAAUUUCUUUGAUUUGCCCUUAGAACAGAAAGAGAAGGGCGUCGCGUCCAGCUCCAGCAAACACGAGGGAUUCGGCUAUGGUGUUGAGAGUGGAUUCUACUAUGCUGGAAAGCCUUGGAUCGACCGGUUCCAGUGUCGCUGGAGUCCCGUGUGUGAGAUACGUGAGCCUGUCGAGAAGGUGUUCAGCCCCUCGGACGCCGAAGAAUUUAGCAACAGCAUAGAGAGCUACAAUAGCCAUUUGGAUAAGCUCGCAAUGCAAAUUCUGGAGCUUUGCGCACGAGGGCUUGGACUCCCCCACGACACGUUCACAAAGCCUUUCAACGGCACAGCUGGCGACUGCAUCGCCCGCAUGAACUACUACCCUCCAUGCCCGCUCUCGUCCCUCACUCUUGGACUUGGCGCUCACACAGACCCCAACCUCUUGACCAUCCUCAGCCAAUGCAAAGUCGGCGGAUUGCAAGUCUGCAAAAACGGCACUUGGAUCUCCGUUAAACCCAAGCCGGACACGCUUGUCAUCAACAUCGGCGACACUUUUGAGGCAUGGACAAAUGGACGGUUUCAGAGCGUGGAGCACCGGGCUGUGGUGAAUGAAACAGAGGCUCGGAUGUCUCUGGUGUAUUUUUCCUCACCUCCCACCAAGUCGCUGAUUCAAAUACCGGAGCAGCUCAUCACUGCUGAGCACCCAUUGAGGUUUAACCCCUCGUUCACAUGGGAAGAGUAUAAAAUGUAUCUGUUUAAGAAGCAUGUCGAGGGCAACGGAGUGAAAGUCGCCAAAGACUGGCUGCGGAGACCUGCCACUACAUCGCAGAACUGAAGCAGGAGCAGCAGCGGAUAGACCUUCUAGUCUCGCAUUCUUUUGAGAUAAAUCAACCAGCGCUUGGUGCAUAGUUAGCAACAUGUAGUAUUCCUCGCAGCAACUGGCACAGAUUAAUUGAGCCAGAUUGUUGGCAAGAGCCACUUUUUUUGUGAUCUGAGCAUGGUAGUCCCUUCAUGCACAUGUUCCUUUUCCUUCAAAGCUAACUUUGUUAGGAUUUUACUCUCCGUUGGAUAGGGCUGAGAUGCGUAGUUAGCUGAAUAGUUCUAAUACUGAUGUAGACGUAGGUAGUUUCAAAAUUGGAAAAGCACCAUGAAAUCUUCACAAUUUGGUGUUUGUACUAAACUACUGUAAAUUUGUAGCUGAUAAAUUUUCGUGAAAACAUUUUCACAAUGCUCUUCAUGCGAAAA